CGCUUAGGUGCCUCCUUCAUGGGCUCCUUUCUGGCUCGGAGUCUGGGGUCCCCGCCCUCACACCCUGCUCACCCCUCUGGUCCCGCCGCAUCCCCGUCCUCCCCCUCCUACAGAGCUGGACCCCACUCAAACGCUUCCCCUAUCUGGUUCCACCACUCGCACGAAGGGUACCCCAGCUAUUCAGGAAGUCUUGCUUCUCCUUUUCUCCCCAUGAGUCCCCUGGAUCACCAUAGCAACAGUCUCUAUGGACAGCAUCGCUUCUAUGAAACUCAGAAAGAUCACUUUUACCUGAGAGGCCUUCCUCCCCAGCCUCCGCUGCUCUCCACCAAUCACAGCCUUCCUCCGCUGUCUAGGACUGCCCCGGGCCACCCACUCGGCUCUUGCAGCAGAGAGACAGACGGUGGGGGGGGGAGUGGGAGGGGCACCAAGGAUGUGGGCGACAAAGGGGUAACGUCAAAGGAGAGAGAGCGAUCGAGCAGCAAGGAGCGGCACCAGGAGAGCAAAGACAAGCAGCAGCUUCACCAUCACCAUCAUCACCACCACCACCACCAUCCUCACCAGACGAACCCUGCCACAACUCCCUCCGGCCCCCAUCACCGAGCCUACCCCCACCCUGCCCUUCUGCCUCAUCUGGUGCUCCAGGGCCGGGAGGAAGACCACAGACACUCUCUGGAGCGACACAAGGAUUACAGGGACGGAGACUCGGGCGGUCAGGGGGUGAAACAUAUGAGUGCCUGUAAAUUGUCCAGUAGCUCGGGGGCGGAGGCCGGCUGCGGAGGGAAAGGCGGGACACUGAGCAGCUGCAGCGGUGGCGGUGGCGGGAUGGUGCGACCCCCAUCAGGAGGCGGCAGGCGGGGCUCGAAAGAUUCGCCCAUCAACGGAGAAAUGAGGAUCAGCGAGGCCUCGGCCCCGUCGCCUGAAUGUAUGAGACGAGGGGCAGCGGUGACGGCCAUCCUGGCGCCCCCGACCCCCCACUCCGUGCCCUCGUACUCCAUGCCCCCGCCCGCUCCGCCGCCGCCCCCUCACGCCUUGCACAUGGGCUCCACGGUACCCGGAGGGUGGCUGCCGCACACGCACCACCACCCCCAUCCCGAGUAUUACCGUCCUCCACCCCCGCUGACCCUCGCAUCCUCUAAAGACCCGGCGCCUGUCCACGGAGGGGCCGGCAGGGAGGGGAAGGCCAUCGGCCCGACUUACGUGCCUUCAGCCGGGCCACAGGGAGACGCGGCGGCCCCCGAUUGUCGCGGAGCAGGGGGAGCCGGGAGAAAGGCAGAGGACAAAGGCGGAGAGGGACCUUAUGAAAGUUCGUGUCAACACCACAACCGCCUUAGUAGCUGUCAGAGAAAGGAGAAAUCGCAGUCGCAUCAGCAGCAGAUCGGAUACGACAAAGCCGACAAACCUCCCGACUGGAGCCGCCAGACAACACACCACCCCCGCAAGCCCGGCUGCAGCGCCAGCUCCCAGCCCGAACUACGCUCCUGCAGCAUGGAGACGUCUUCGUCCUUCAAAGACGUCGUGGUCGUGGAGGAGGCCUCCCGUCCCUCAGACCCUUCAGAUCCCCACGAGACGCAGGGCACUUCCAGGAACGGUCCGGACACCGGCACCUCUCCGUUCAGGGACUGUUCUCUCUCAGGUCCCGAUGGUAAAGUAGUGGGGUUAGGACCGGCAGUUCAGAGGGAGGGGCAAAAAAUUGCAAGAAUACGGCACCAGCAGCACAGCAGCCAGGCAGGGAGUUCGGAGGAGAAGGGAAGAGAUGGAAGUCAAACAGCACCUUCAUGGGGGAUUCGAGGAGGCCACCAAGAGGAGCAUAGGAAAGGUAGCCUUCACGUUGGGAAAGGCGUCCAUCCUCAUCAACCUCCACCAUUGUCCCGCUCCUCCCCGCACACUACUGACGGUGAUGGCAGUGCAAUGAAGAACCUUAUGAACUACAGCUCCCAGCAGCCACUCAUGCUGCCCCACCGAAGCCCCUUCGGAGGUCUGGGCUGCCUCAACAAGGGAGGAGAGAGGUCCGAGAAGGGGGACAGAGGAGGAGCUAAAAGCAACACCUCUCAGCAAGAGACUUCCAAACAGUCUCUCCCUCCCCGCCGGUGCUCCACCAACGAGGGAGAGAGAAGCGACAGAGCGGCGAAGGAGGCCGGGGAAGCCGGGGAGGGAGAGGUCCGCCAGCCUCCGGUGGGCAUCGCGGUGGCGGUGGCCAGGCCACCCCACCGUUCCCCAGACAGCCCCGCUGGACACAGCAGACAGGGGAGGGUGCUGCCCAGCAUUAAAGGGGUGUCGCGCCCCGUGUACCCCCUUGGUCGGGAGGCAGAUGAGAGGAAGAGGAUAACAGAGGACCAGAUCAGUCUUCAUCACCUCGACAGAGACAGAGACAUGAUCAUUAGGGAAAACAAGGACUGCAUGGAGUUUGCCAGGAUUCACCCGAGUAGCGGUUGCCACGGUGACCUGACCUCUCACCUCCUGGUCCCCGGAGGAACCAGUCAGCUAGGGACAGACCCCGCUGCACACUCUCAUCCAGCCCAUCACCACUGGAUGCAGAGGACAGGAAGUCCCUCCCUCUGGAUGGGCCAUUCAUACAGUCUCGGCCACGUAGGGAUGAGUCCAAGCUUCCCACCAGGUCUGCCCAGCCCACUGCAGCCCGUUCUGGGUUCACUUACCCAAGAUCCCAACUCCCCACUCGUGGUCCUUCCUACAGAAGCUGGGCCUCACCACCCCCUCGAUGUUCUGGAACAACCGGGUCUAUGGUCCCCUAUGUACGGAGCCAGAGGCCACCCCCCCCACCUGCAGCACCACCCUGUCUACUCCCGCUCCCCAUUCCUGCGGCAGGGUGUGCAGGAGCUGUACGCCUUGCAGCAGCAGCACCGUGCCAUGGAACACAUGCAACGCCUCCCCUUAGGACAAAGAAAGCAUGAGGAGCAAACCAUCCCCAUAGAAGACUCCCGUAAUGAGAAUUCUUCCAGGACCCCAUCCUCCUCCUCCUCGUCUUCAUCCACCGCCUCCUCUCAUGCAGCCAAACCUUUCUCUCACACCCCUCCUCCAACCAAGACCUCAACGCCAUCCCCGGGACUGUGUCCCAGCAGUCGUCAGUCGCCCUGCUACCACUCCCCUUCCACGCGUCUGCACCCCCCAAACCCCCUGACCCCGACGCCCAGCCCGGCCGCCGCCGCUCCACGCUCGCCGGCGCUAAGCCCCGCCCCCUCGCAUCUGGCCAAGGGGCUGGACAGGGGCAGCGACAGAGGAGAAGGGCAGCCACCUCACGACUACCCACAAUCAUUAGAGCCAGACCUGCCACCUGUUUAUACCUUCUCUCCAAUCUGCAUGGGCUACAAGGCUGGGCCAUCGCCUCCUGAAGCGCGACUGGCUGAGCAACCCAUGGUUGAAGAAGCGCCAGCGGAGCCCGAACCAAAGUCCCUCCCACGCCCGUGUCACAUCCAGUCCCUCACAGUCGAAGAAGAGAUGAGGAGUGAGGAGAAUGGGGAAGACUGCGAAGUUGCGGAAUCCCAGACUGGAGUUACAGAAGAGACUAGGGAGGAAACAAAAGCCUGCUCUGUCUCGGAGCCCCAGAGCAAGAUAUCUGGACUGCAGCCAUGCCCUUUCCCUGCUCCAGUCACAGAUCCAGCCUGCCCAGCAGGCAUAACCCUAAAAGAGGAUCUCUCUCUGGGUUGCUUAGGCCAGAAGGCAGGCCUGGAGGAGUCCCAGCUAUCCAUAGAGCUGGAGAGUGGUGGGGAGCAUGAAAAGGAGGACACGGGAGAAGAUGAGAGAGAGAAAAUGGAGCCUAAAUCGGCUGAAUGUACUGCCUCUAUGCCUGCAGAGAGUGAGAAGGACAAGAAUUGGUGCGAAAAGGGAGACAACGUGGAGGUGGUAGAGGAGAAGGAGGAGAGUAGGAUGAGUCCGGCUGAAGACGUGGUGGAGUUGGCAUGUAGAUCUCCUGCUCUUUCCCCAUCUUCUGACCCGAGACUUGCUUCCAGAGCAAGUACAACAGCCCAGCUUGAAGGGGCCUAUAUGUGGAGCUUGGAGCUCUUGAUUGCUGCAGCUCUGUGUGCAACCAGAGAUGCCUUAUACCCACCGGCACCUGUUGAACAGGCUCUGUGCCCUUCUCCCCACCACGGCAUGGAAAUGCUGGGGGAAUUAGCUGAUCUGGAGAUCAAGCAGAGGAACAGGGAGGGCAAAGAAGAAGACACCGAAGGUGAGGAAAUGCUGGCCUUUGACCUCCACAGUCUGGCCACGCUGGCGGCGGCCCGGGCCUUAGAGGCGGGGGGGAGGUCUGCGCACGGCGGGGCCGACCAGCAGUGUCCAAUCAGGAAGAGGCUGAACCUGCGCAGGAAGUGCAGCUGGACUCCUCGGCAUGAGCCGGUGUGCCCGGUGAAGGGCUCCAUUGAGACUAUGGGAGGGGAGGAGCUGGCCAUGCGUGUCCAGCUGGCUGAGCUACAGCGCCGCUACAAAGAGAAACAGAGAGAGCUGGCCAAACUACAGAGGAAACACGACCACCAGAAAGACGAGACGUCUCGCAGCCCGGCUCGCCGGGGACCCGGCCGCCCCCGCAAGCGCAAGUCCACCCCCGGCCCAGCUGCUGCCGAGAGCGCCAAAAGACUCAGGCCUGGCAUAAAUUUGAUGGACGAAAAGAACAGGAAUGUAAUGUCCAGUCACAACUUCAGCGGCCUCAGUGCUUCUCAGAUGAAGGCCUGCUGUAAGCACAGAUGUCGGCCCAGUGCCUUGAGCUCCAGGCUCGCCAGGCGGGUGACCCAGCUGAAGCAGAAGGCCGCCGCCCAGCACGGCGCGGCGUCCGCGGGCACGCUCCACAGCGGCGAGGACGACCCCUCCAAAAGCCACUGCAGAGCAGGAGGAAAAGAUCUGCAACAGGACCGGACCACCAGUCAGGCCGAAAAGAGGAAGAGGGGCCGAAAACCUAAAGUCCUGAUGUCCGCCAACCCGAACAGAGCCCAUCACAAGGACAGCCGCGCAUGUGAGAAGUUUGAUAGCAGAGACGAAAAGAUCAACAGCGAGUGCUCAGAAAAUGAGGAGGAGGACAGCAGCUGUGACAGCGAAGACUGCACGAGUGACAUCAAGAUUAGCUCAUCCUCCAAAGACGUUUCCGCAAGCUUUGGCGGGGGCAUGGCUUUUUCAUCACAGUCCUCCAAAGUCCAAGCCAACCACAAAGUCAGGAGUAAGAGGCCAGGGCUUCCUGGCCUGGGACACUUGCCUUACUCAGAGGAGCGGAGAGCACCCAGGAGGCCGAACAUAAGCAACGUGGAAAAAGGACUUCCAGACUACCCUGGGACUAACAGAGCCGGUCUGCCCAACUGGGGUGUGCUGCCAGUGGGCUGCAGCUUCGGGGAGAGCUUCAGAAGCAACCAGUCUCAGACUCGGACGGGGAAAGACAUCACAAGGAGGACGUCUGCAGGCCAGGGUUUAUGGGGGAAGGAGAAGGGCCACGGUGUCAGCCAGCUCCUGCAGAGCUUUGCAGCCGACGACGGCUUUUGCUUGGACGAAGACAGCAGCUUCUCUGAAGGAGAGGAGGAGGAAGAGGAGGAGGCAGAGGGGUUGAAGGAGAAGUCGUUGACACAUCUUCCUCCCAACAUGCCUUGCAGAAUACCUGCCCUGCCGAACUGUGUGCUGAGCAGAGAGAUGUUGGUAGACGGGCUGAAGAUUCUUAUCUCCAAGGAGGAUGAGCUGCUGUACGCUGCCUGCGUUCAAACGCUGGACCUGCCCGACAUAUUUAGUGUCGUUAUCGAGGGGGAACGAGGGAAUCGUCCCAGGAUUUACUCACUGGAACAAUUACUACAAGAAGCCGUGUUAGAUGUGCGACCUCAGACGGAGGCUAUCCUGACUGAAGGGACGCGGGUUUGCGCCUACUGGAGCGAGCGCUCCCGCUGCCUUUACCCCGGAUACGUCCAUCGUGGUGAGCUCCCGCCGACAGCCGCUCUCUGCCCUCACGUGCGCGCCCGUUUUUACAGGCGACUCAUGUCUGCCCUCCUGUCUUGUGCCUUAGGAGGCCCGGGUGAGGAGGAGAAGGAGGGCAGCGUGAUGGUGGAGUUUGAUGAUGGAGACAGAGGAAGGAUAUCCCUUGUGAACAUCAGACUUUUACCUCCUGGAUAUCAAAUCUGCUCUCUCCUGAUUACUUCUGGUCGACGAGGCCGGCGUACCACAGCCCUGGAGAAGAAGGACACCCCCACAGAGACACAAACACCCGAGGAGCCACGAGGGAGACCCCAGGAAAAAAGACCAGUUGGCAGGCCGAAGAAAAUCAGCCUGGUGCCAAAAACGGCGAGCUUGCCGACUUCAGUAACAGACACUGUAACUAAAGUCACCAAUUCCUUGUUGAGCUGGUCCACACCCAGGAAGAGACCUCCGGUUGACUUCUUCCUCUUUAAUGGGACGUCCCGUAAGACUCAGAAGAAGUUUCGAGAGCGAGACUUGGGUCUGUUUCAUCGGCCUGCUUCGCACCCCCUCGCGCCGCCAACCCCCAUUAAGAGCAUUUUUGGCUCUCCCUUUGAGGUCGACUCAUUCAGUAGCAUCGCUAAUGGCUACUCCACCUUUGGGAACGGCGGAACCUCUGGAGCUGGGAGACCGGUCGCCACCACGGCCUCCCUGGGGCACCGGGACUCUUCGUGUCCCUCGGCCGUCCCCGUGGCGACGGCGGCCGGGGGCCGCAAGCCCGCGAGUGAGCGCGACAGGAAGCACUUCCUGGUCAAGCUGGACCACGAGGGAGUGACGUCGCCCAAAACCAAGAACGGGAAGGCUCUGCUCCGGCUGGGGGGGGCCGGACUGAGGGGGCUGAAAGGCCUGGCCUCCCCGGGGGCGCCGCUGCGCUACAUCCAGUCUCCUCUGCUGGGCAAAGACGCCAAGAGGGGGGGAGGGGAGAGAGAUGGCGCCGGAGCUCGGCCCGAGGCCGUCCUUAAGGGCGUUCCUCCUCCGAGAAAAGACCUCCUGGCGGCAGGUCUCGGGGCCCAGGGAGGGGAGUACGGUUUGGACUACAUCAGCGACUGCCCCAGCUCCUACUCAGAGCUGGACGAGGAAGACGAGGACGACGGUCGAGAGCCCGACGGACGAAGGAGAGCCGCCGCCGCCUCCCAUCGGGGCGGCCGCUUCCUGUCUCGCCCGUCCCUCUGCUUCUCCUCCUCUUCCUCCUCCUCCUCCUCCUCCGGCUCCGUCUCCUCCUCGUCCCUCUGCUCCUCCGACAACGACUCGUCCUACUCGUCGGACGAAGAGUCCUCCUCCGUGCUGCUGCGCCGGGCGCUCCUCCAGCAGGACAAGCACAAAAACAGGCAGAGCGCGAACCCCGACCCCCGGAGCCCCGACCCCGCCAGCUCCCCGCCCUCCUCGUCGGCCCCGGCUCACGGUUACGCGGCUAAAAGUGGCCUGGCGGCGGCAGGGUCAAAGGUCAGGGCUGACAAAGCAGAAGACAGAAAGGAAUACGUGCCCAAGGGAGCUGGGAUGGCAAACAGCGGCCCGGCCAAGACCCAGCCGAAGAGGAAAGAGAGCGCCUCUAACAACCUCCAUCAUAACCAGAGCGGCCCCAUGAGCCAGCAGCUGACAUCUUCCUCCAAGGACCUGGUAACGGCUAAGAAACAGAGGAUGUCUUCUCCCGAACCCCGUUCCAACAUGGCGCCCAUGCUGCCUGGACGCCAGCUGUGGAAAUGGUCCGGCAACCCCACACAGAGGAGAGGUCUGAAAGGUAAAGCCCGUAAGCUUUUCUACAAGGCCAUCGUGCGGGGCAAGGAGACGGUGCGUGUCGGAGACUGUGCCGUGUUCUUGUCACCCGGCCGGCCCCAGCUGCCCUACGUGGGCAGGGUGGAGAGCCUCUGGGAGUCCUGGAGCUCCAGCAUGGUGGUCAGGGUCAAGUGGUUCUACCACCCGGAGGAGACUCGUCUGGGAAAGCGGCACAGAGACGGCAAGAACGCCUUGUAUCAGUCCAGCCACGAGGACGAGAACGACGUGCAAACCAUCUCCCACCGCUGCCAGGUGCUGAGUAAGGCCGAAUACGAGCACCUGACGCGCGAGCGGAAGCCGGGCAUUAUGGCCAACGACCUCUUCUACCUGGCCGGCACCUACGAGCCGACCACAGGCCAGCUGGUCAGCGCCGAUGGCAUGGUCAUCCUGUCCUAG